UCUGUCUAAGUCUUAUAUUUCUCAGGUACUCUGGUAAUUGCGUUCUCGACCAGUUCGUUUGCCGGCAGGCUCCGGCAAGAGUGGCGCCCGAACAGGGACGUGGACGGAUUCCAGCGUACAGCCACCCGAAGACCGAAGGUUCUCCCGCGGGAGGUAUUUGCGAGUUCAGGCAUUGUGGAUGAUUGCGGGUGGAGAGGGUAUAGUUGAGAGUAAAACUCAUGGGGCAAAAUAGUAGUAGAUAGUUCUUUGUUUCUAUGUUAAAAAUUAUGUUAAAAGCUAGAGGAGUUUUUGGUGUCUAAACGGAAACUGGAAAGAUUUCUUGCUUUCAUAGAGGAAACUUGUCCUUGGUUCCUGGAGGAAGGAACUGUUAACUUGGAAACUUGGGCAAAGGUGGGAGAACAAAUUCAAACUGCUUAUACUCUCCAUGGGCCAGAUAGGGUUCCUCUUGAUGCUUAUUCCCUAUGGACUUUGUUUGAACCCAGAACAUGAAAGCAAGAAACUUGAAACAGCUUUGAAACUUAUAACACCCAAAUGUUCGAAUAUUCCCCAGAGGGUAGCAGAGCACAUAUAUGACUCCCCAAUAAUUCCAGGUCCUAGAAAAAAUGCUGAGACUAUUGUUCUCGAGCAAGAUUCUGAUUCAGAACUCUCCCCUGAAGACCGAGAUGAUUUAGAAGAGCAGGCUUUUGAGUAUGAGGGUUUAACAGAUUAUAUAAGAAUUUGUGCUGACAUUGGCCCUUCCUACCUUCAGGAAUUGUCUGUGGCUGCUGCUAUCCAGGGAAAAACUGUCAAGGAAGUUCUAUAUCAACAGACUAAGAACAAGGGUAGUGUGAAAAAGGGAGGGCCUCCCAGCAGUUGUUUUUCAUAUGGACAACUGGGACAUCGUAUGGCCCAAUGUCCUAAGAAAAAUAAUUUAGAUAGUACAAAGAAUCCUGAUGUAUGCCCCAGAUGCAAAAAAAAAAAGAAAAAAGAAAAAAUUUCUGCAGCUGAGCAAUUGAUACAGGAGCAGUUGCAAUUAGGACAUAUUGAGCCAUCCAACUCCCCUUGGAAUUCCCCCAUAUUUCUUAUUAAUUUGGGGGAGGGGUUAUGUAUGUGUUUUUCCAUAUAUAUAGGUGUGGGCACCAAAAAGGGAGCACGGAAGUGGCAUGAGGAAACCAAGCAGCAGAUCGGGCAGCUAAGAGAGCAGCGUUACAGAACAGUGACUUAA